AUGUAUACAAGAGCUGUAGCUGCAUUUCGUGCAAGUGGUUCUAUACAUCCCGUGUGCCCUACACAUCAGAAAUUUGCCAAGUUAUGUGUAGUCAAAGACACAAUGAAAGAUAACUACGGACGACCCUUCUUCGUAUGUUCUGAGCGAAAGAAUCCCUGCAAGUUCUGGCAAUGGGGAGACGUGUUCGAAGGUCCAAGACCGUUAUGUCAACAUGGAAUGGUGUGCUGUGAACGAAAAGUCAAGAAAGAUGGUCCGAAUCAAAACCGUCUGUUUUACUGCUGUCCGAAGGAUGACUGUUGUGGUUUCUUCGAAUGGAAGCAACAAGGCCCUCGGGUGACCAACACGGGCAUCGUGCUCUUCAGUAAUCCACUACAAUACCAGUACAUAAUUGAAGAAACAGGAGAGACAUUUAAUAGUUCUAAAUCUAACACUAAGGAGGCCUAUGAUGAAUUUCGUAGAUUUGGUUUAACAAGUGAACUUGAUAAAAUAGACCUCUUGUAA